AUGUAUUAUGCGGGUGUUUAUUUAGCUGUCUUUUCUUGGAAUUCUCUUUCUGAAGUUCUAAAAUCAAUCUUACCUCAAAAUUAUUCGUAUUUAAUUGAAAAUUUCAAUGAACUUCCAUCAUAUCGAACCACAGAAAACUUUAUUAUUCCACAAUUUGAGCUCGAUGUCUUUGUAGAUAUUGAUAAUGAAGAAAAAGCACGCGAAUGGUUUAUGGCGUUUGAAUCUAAAUCAAAAAUGACAAUGCCGGAAACCAAACGUAGUCGAGAAAUAAAACGCCAACAAUCAUCUCAGUUACGAAAUACAAAUUGUACUUCGACCAUACACCUUCGACUGGAACGUUGGCGUAUUGAAUUAAGUCAUCCCCUGGAAGUCAACAUUAAAUUUAUACAUAACCAUGUAAUUAUUUCGGCAGAGUCAUUAAGUUUUCGACGUGUCAAUGAAAAGGUUCGCGAAAGAUUUCUGGAGUUAUUUAAGGAUGGUCACUCCCCAGCAUCUGCUAUGUACACACAUGAAGAUGAACUUUAUCUUAGUGCAGCUGAUGAACAGGAGCUUUUGUUGUUACUUGCUGAUCGAGCAAGUAAUCUGGAUUAUGACUAUAUUUUUAAUCUGUUUCGGCAAUAUCGUCAGGAUUCACUUGGUGAUCGUAAUGGUAGUGCGAUGUUUAGACGUUUAGCAGAAGUUGUAAAUGAUUAUAAUAAUUCUGGUAAAGGGCGAGUAAUCUUACAAGAAUAUGAUUCACGUAGUGGAAAAGCAUUUAUCUUAUGUGUGGUUACUGGCUUAAUGAGCAGAAUCUUACAAUCCAGUGAAAUUUGUUAUAUGGAUGCUUCUGCAUCUUUUGAACCUUUAAACACAUCAAUAACUUUACUUUACACAAGUUAUGCAGUCGGAGCCCUCCCUCUUGGAUUGUUUAUUACUUCUGAUGAGCUUGAAAUAACGUUAGAGAAAGCAUUAAACCUAUUAAAGUCAAUUCUUCCACAACAUGCUUUCUAUGGACGUGGAGCACAACUCGGCCCAAAGAUUUUCCUCACAGAUGAUUCAAGCGCGGAGCGGAAUGCAUUAGAAUUAUGUUGGCCAGAAACAGAUCGUGAACCUAUCAUGCAAAAGAUGAAGGAAAUUCUUUAUGCACCUUCAGAUUUGGAAAUGCAUAAGUAUUACUGUGAAUUCAAGCAAAGAUUUUAUGGUCAAUAUCCUCAAUUACACAAACACUUUGAACUCAUGUGGGAGCGUCGUAGUAUAUGGGCUCUAUCAUUUCGUUCUGAAUUUCAUAUUCGAGGAAACAACACGAAUAAUUAUAUUGAAAGAAGUUUCGGAAUAAUAAAAGAUAUAGUAUUUGCAAGAACACAAGCGUAUAAUUGUGUACAAGUUUUUCAAUUCAUUACUCAAAACAUGGAGAGGUUCUAUUCACUUCGGUUGUUAAAUUUUGCACAUAGACGUCCAGGAUACUUGCGAAUAGCAAAACGCUUUCUAUGUUCAGGAUGGGAUACUGUGAACAUGGAUUCUAUCAAAAAGCAUAGCAUAGAAAAUGAAUUCUUUGUGAAAAGUGUGAAUAACUCCGGUCAUUUCUAUACCGUAAAUAGUGAGAUUGGAACCUGUACUUGUCGAAUUGGGAUGACCGGUGCACCUUGUAAGCAUCAAGGUGCAAUUUCGGUAAAAUUUCAUAUAUCAAUGUUUAACUUUAUACCAUCUUUGACUUCUAAUGACCGUAUGAUUUAUGCUUACAUUGCAAUCGGUUAUACUGCAGAGGACAGUUCCUUUUACGUAUCAUUACAUGCAGAAUUUAUUUCACAAGACCGAGAAGGUUUACAAAUGGAAACAACAAUGCCAAAUAGCAAUUUAACUAUCGAGUAUAGUGAAUCAAAUAAAAAUGUCAAGGAUGAUAUUACCAUAUUUAUCAAUUUUUUGGAAGAAAUCAAGGAAGACUAUUCAAAUGGAUGCGCACAAUUACAUACUGCACUAAACAAAUUUGCAGAACAUUAUAAAACAGCAAAAUUGAAAUCUAUCCCGCGGUUAGUGUCCUUUCUUUAUGAUAUUAAUCGCGAGUUGGACCCAGCAGUUAAUAUCAGAAGUGGAUCUAUGAUUCGCGUGCAAGUUGAAUCUGAAUCAUUAAAUUUAUAUUCCGUUUGGCGUCGUGGGGAAACUAGUAGAACCACCCUUCUGUCGGCCAAUUCCAAUAGUAACAGUAUGGGAUGCAGUAGCCCUACUUUGGACGAUCCACAUAAUGAGAAUGGAUUCUAUCAAGGGAAUGGAGUUUCAAGACAAGAAAAAAUAUCUUUCCGGAAUGUUAAUUAUCUUGACAAAAAAAAUUACGAUGAUGGAAACGAAUGCGUUGGGUCGCCCAACGGCAGUAAAUGUAACGGUGUCAAUGGAAAACGGGAAGAUCAAAUUUAUGUAUGGGGCAUCGAUUCGGAGCGGAAUAAAAACAGAAUCGAUAACAAAAGCGAUGUUGUACGUGAACAAUGGCAAAAUAGCAAAAUUGAGGGCGAGAGACUUUCCGAUAGUAGAAUGGUGUUCGAACUUUGCCCAAAUCAAAUGUUGCAACUACCGUUGGGGCAACUGCGCCGAAUUGGUACCUUGGCUGGCAAUGUAUGGACGAAAGAAGAGCCGAAAACACCGUGUCGUCUUGUGGUCCCAAACUUUCAAUAUGAACAAGCAAGAGUUCCAGAACCCAUGUUCCAUGUGCCGACAAGUGAAAAGAAAGAUGAAUCUCGAGAAGAUUGCAACAAUCCAAAAGCUACUCCAAAUAAUCCGCUUAUGAUAGUCGAAAUGAUUGCAAAUAAAAAAGAUCGUAAACGUGUCGCAAAAUAUCUUAACUGUGAUCUCGAAGGAGGAGAUCCUUCUACUUGUAUAUGUUAUAUGGAAUAUAUUAAGCAGUAUGGUUUUGAUCAUAUUAUUAUCAUCGGGGAACGUUACGCUGGACUUCUUUUUCUGGAUUGUUACGGUCGUGUAUUCGAAUGGGACAACUCAACGUGCGGUGUUUUGUGGCCACUUGGAGAUUAUUUGAAUGAAGCACCAAAGGUAUCUCUGACUCACCGCGUAAUGUGGGAUUAUGAGUCCGAUGGGACUGUUGUUGAAUUUGAAGUCGCUGAAGUUGAUUCACUGGAUAAACCAACCUUUGACAUACCCGCCACUGUUGCAAAGAAGAAAAAGAAUUCGAAAAAAAAGCACUCAAAAAAGAAACAGCAUUGAUCUGGUUUCUAUGUUGUGUUUAAUGAUUUCUCAAUUUCGAUUUAUGUUUUUAUGUCUGCUAUUAAUAUUAUUCGCGUAAACAAAUGAUUAGUAAUUAUGAAAUAUUCAAGACAAAUUAUUGUAUUUUGUUUAAUCUGCAAGUUUAAAUAAUAAAGAUUUUCAUUUUUUGUGCUGUGGAUUUUUUCUCGUAAUUUGUGUUACAGUAUAUUGAAUAUUAAGUCACCUGAAAUGCGCAGAA